UUUUAUUGUUACCUUUCGUAAUUCAUACUGAGUGGUACUGGUGAAUGUAAACAAACGUAUUUUUAAUAAGCGAUUUUACUAUUUUAAUAUUAAACACAAUCAUGACCAAAAAUCCACGAUACUCCCUAUCCUGGAGUGAACAUUUGAGUGCUAUUUCUAAUGGUUUGAGUUCUUUACAGCAGAAUGAAGAAUUUGUUGAUAUGACAUUGGCAGCCGAUGGACACUAUGUCAAAGUACACAAGGUAAUAAUGGCCCUGGCUAGUCCAUACCUGAAGGAAAUUAUCUCAUCAACAAAAUGUGAACAUCCAGUCAUAUUUUUAAAUAAAAUUAGUUAUGCUACAUUAAGCUCUAUACUGGAAUAUGUCUAUACUGGAGAAGUUUAUGUGCAUUUUGAGAAUAUAAGUGAAUUUAUAGUUGCUGCUAAAGACCUACAUAUAAAGGGAUUACAAGAUGUGAACAUUGUAAACUCAGUUCCAACAAGUAAUGAACAAUGUACAGAUACAUUAGAUUCAACACAUCAUAGUAAAAUUGAGUCAGAAUGUUUCAUGACAUUGGACGAUAGUCAAACAGAAGUAAUUAAUGAAGAUCUGGAACUCAAUGAUUUGUACAAAAAUGCAAGUGAUUUUGCUAAGAUCAAAACUGGGUCAGAUAUUAGUAACCAAGACACAAGCCUAUGCAUACCAACACUACACUACACUGUAUCAAAUCGUGGAUCUUUGCAAAUGAUACUUAAUAACUUUAUGUAUUAUUUAAAACACACGAAUAAAGAUAAUUCGCGACAGUGGCGCUGCGUGGACUAUUUGAAUAACAGAAAAUGUCCUGCGUUGAUUUUUACAAAAGGCGAUGUUGUUGUACAAAGGAUAGCAGCACACAACCACGCUUUUCAUGGUGAUAAAAUAUUUAAGAAAUUUAGAUCUGGAACAGUUUUUGCAGCGAUAAAGGAUGCAAUUGACAAAGGUGUUGUUUCUAAAGCAACAAAAGAAGAUCAUUCAAAUAGUGAAUAAAUAGCAAAACUAAAUAA